GUCCCUCUGUUGCAUCUCAUAUAAAGAGAAAGCAGAGUAACAUACUAACAUAGAGAAUUUUGCAGAGAGCGUUCAGUUUUAGUAUUAUUUGCAGUACACUUCCCCCCCUCACCCAGAGAGACAAACUUGAAAUCUUAUCGAGAGGGAGACAGACAUGCCUGGGAGUUUAGAGCCGUUGGAUUUGGGGAUUCAGAUUCCUUACCACUUCAGGUGUCCGAUCUCGCUUGAGCUGAUGCGUGACCCCGUCACCGUCUGCACCGGUCAGACCUACGACCGAGCCAGCAUCGAGUCAUGGGUCGCCACUGGCAACACCACCUGCCCCGUCACUCGGGCUCCGCUCUCCGAUUUCACCCUUAUUCCCAACCACACUCUUCGCCGUCUCAUCCAGGACUGGUGCGUCGCUAACCGGGCUUUCGGAAUUGAGCGUAUUCCCACUCCCAAACAACCCGCCGACCCGACCUUAGUUCGUUCCCUGUUAAAUCAAGUCUCUUCCCAGUCAGCUCCGAGUCCAUCGCGCCUCUCUGCCUUGCGUCGACUCAAGGGACUCGCACGUGACUCGGACAAGAAUCGUUCUCUCAUUGGCUCUCACAACGUCCGCGAAAUCCUCCUCCCUAUUGUUUUCUCCGACCUCAAUUCCGAUUCAUCCGAGCUGAACCACGAGUCACUCGCUCUGCUCGUGAUGUUUCCACUGGUCGAGUCGGAAUGCACGUCAGUCGCAUCCGAUCCGGAUAAAAUCAGGUAUCUGUCGCGUCUCCUGAUUCACACUUCAAUGGACGUCCGAGUCAACUCGGCCGCGCUCAUCGAAAUCGUUGUGGGCGGAACUCGCUCGUCGGAGUUCCGAUCUCACAUCAGCUGCAUCGACGAAAUCUACGACGGAGUCAUCGACAUUCUGAAGAAUCCAAUCGCGUAUCCUCGAGCUCUCAAGAUCGGAAUCAAGGCGCUGUUCGCCCUGUGCCUGGUGAAAGAGACGCGGGAAAAAGCGGUGAAAGCCGGAGCACCGGAGAUCCUCAUCGACCGGCUGGCAGAUUUUGAGAAAUGCGACGUGGAGAGGGCCCUGGCGACGAUCGAGCUGCUGUGUCGAAUCCCGACGGGGUGCGAGGCGUUCGCGGGGCACGCGCUGACUGUACCGCUGCUGGUGAAGAUAAUCCUGAAGGUAUCGGACCGGGCGACGGAGCACUCGGCGGGAGCGCUGCUGUCGCUGUGCUCGGAGUCGGAGCAGAGCCGGAGGGAGGCGGUGGCGGCGGGGGUGCUGACGCAGCUGCUGCUGCUGGUGCAGAGCGAUUGCACGGAGAGAGCGAAGAGGAAGGCGCAACUGCUGCUGAAGCUUCUUCGGGAUUCGUGGCCGCAGCAAGAUUCCCUCGGAAACUCGGACGAUUUUGCAUGCAGCGAAGUCGUCGUUGUACCCUUCUGAUCACUCCCCAUCAUUUUGUUCCCGUCCACAGAAAAUGAAAUUUUGAGUUUUAGUCUUCUAGAUCGGUAAAUAGCAACUGUAAUUGUGCCUGUAAAUUUUGUUCCUUUCUGUACGUAAAAAGUUAUCGCUGAAAAAUAAUUGAAAAAAUAUUUUCAGGUUGCACCAAGUACUAA